AUGAAUCUCUUCCUGGCAGUUCUGCUCCUGGCCAGCCUGGCGCUGGCCAAACAGCCCAAUAUCUUGUUUAUCCUGACCGAUGACCAGGGCAAGCUGGUUGGCGGGCUGGACACGAUGAAGAACCUGACGAACCUCGUGGCCAAGAAGGGUGCCACCUACAACAAGCACUACUGCUCCGUCGCGCUCUGCUGCCCCUCGCGCGCCAACAUGUGGUCCGGCCGCAUGCCGCACAACACCAACGUCACCAAUGUCGAGCCUCCCUACGGCGGAUACCCGCAAGUGGUGAAGACCGGCAUGAACGACGACUACCUGCCGAUCUGGAUGCAAAAGGCCGGCUACAAGACCUACUACGUCGGCAAGCUGUGGAACGCCCACACCGAGGAGAACUACGACGCCCCCUUCGCCAAGGGCUUCGACCAGUCCGACUUCCUGCUGGACCCAUGGACCUACCGCUACAACAACGCCCGCAUGACCCGCAACAACAAGAAGCCCGUCCACUACGACGGCAGCUACUCCACUGAUGUUCUGUCUGAUAAGGCUGCCGGUUUCCUCGACGAUGCCCUCAAGGACCCUAGCAAGCCCUGGAUGCUCACUGUUGCCCCCAAUGCACCACACUCCAACGGCUCGCACGACCCCUCGAAGGGUACUACUUGGUUCGGCGAGCCUGUCUCGGCACCCCGUCACAAGGGUCUCUUCGAGAAUGAGCAGGUGCCCCGUGAUGCUAGCUUCAACAAGCUGAUUGAGAACGGCGUCGGGUGGACCAAGGACCUGCCUGCCUUGACCGAGAAGGAGAUCAAGUACAUUGACUACUUCCAUCAGCAGCGUCUGCGUGCUCUGCAGGCUGUCGAUGAGAUGGUUGGCCGCCUGGUGCAGAAGCUCGAGAAGAAGGGCGAGCUGGACAACACCUACAUUAUCUACUCGACCGACAACGGAUACCACCUGGGCCAGCACCGCAUGCAGCCGGGCAAGAACUGUGGUUAUGAAACCGAUAUCAGCGUCCCCCUCAUCAUCCGUGGCCCCGGCGUCCCCGAGGGCGCGUCCAUGGACGUCGUCACCAGCCACACGGACAUUGCCCCGACCUUCCUGUCUAUUGCUGGCGUGGCCGACAAGGAUAUGCCCAAGGAUCUGGAUGGCAAGAAGAUUCCCACGACCAAGGAUGAGAGCGAUAAGCAUGACCGCACGGAGCAUGUGGCUGUCGAGUACUGGGGUGGAGCCGUCGCUGAGGGUAUCUACGGACUCAUCAGUCCGAAGAGCAAGCACGGGUUCCACGAGGAGAACACGUACAAGGCCGUCCGACUGGUCUCGGACGACUACAGCCUGUACUACUCGGUGUGGUGCACUAACGUCAGGGAGCUGUUCGACAUGAAGGAGGACCCCCACCAAACCACCAACUUGGCCAAGAACCCCAAGCAAGCGAACCGCCAAAUCGCCAAGCACGGCAUCCCCAAAGUGAUGAACCGGCUCAACGCCCUCAUCCUCGUCCUCAAGUCCUGCACUGGCGACGCCUGCCGCGAGCCCUGGAAGCAGCUGCACCCCGGCGGCAACGUCAAGAACCUGGCCGACGCCCUGAACCCGAGCUUCGAUCAGUUCUACGCGCGCCAGCCCAAGGUCUCGUUCUCGUCGUGCAAGACUGGGUACCUGAUUAGCGAGGAGGGUCCCCAGCACUUCAAUGUCUUUGGCGGUGCUGAGAAGCGGGAGUUGAAUGGGCAGUGGGAGGACUCUGACGCUGUUGGGGAGGAUUAUGAUCAUGAGGACGAGGAGGGUGGUGAUGAUAACUAG